GCAUUCACGAUGAAAGUAAAGGAGAGAGUGGUCUGUGGCCGAACAAGAAAUUUAUUAGAUAAUAAAGACGUAACUAUAACGUUAAAAUAUUUAAGUAGCUUGUUGUUUCAAAAUUGGAUGUUAGCAUGACAGGAUCAGUCCAAAAUUUUUUCCAGAAGUAUAUUUUAUACACUGGUGAAAAGUCUAAAGGACAAAUAAAAGAAACAAAGUCAACUUCUAGGUUUUCUCCAUAUACUAGACAGGUCUUCGUGGCAGUAGGCCCACUACUACUAACAGUAUCUUCUGGAAUGACUUUUGGAUAUUCUGCCAUAUUAAUACCUCAACUACAAGUUGCUGAAAACAAUACUAUAUCAAUUGAUACAGAACAAGCAUCUUGGAUAGCAUCCAUAGCGACCCUUCCCAUGGCAGUAGGAUCCGUUAUAGGUGGAUUCUGUUUAGAAAAAUUGGGACGCAAAGCGACACAUACUAUAUCCUGCUUACCAAUAUUCUUGGGAUGGCUCCUAAUCUAUUUAGCUAAUGGAAUCAAUAUGGUCCUUUUGGGGAGAUUCAUAACGGGAUUAUUUACAGGGAUAUUGACAACAGCUACUGCGGUCUACAUUGGAGAAACGUGCGAGCCUUCCUACAGAGGAGUUUUACUAGCUGGGAUAUCAUUUUGUGUUGCAUUGGGUUUAUUUACAUCACACCUUCUUGGUACUUUCCUAUCCUGGCAAAAUACAGCACUGGUAUGCUCGCUGCUCCCUUUAAUCAGCCAAAUAAUAAUUUAUUUUUCUCCAGAGUCUGCAACAUGGCUUGCGGGUAAAGCACGAGCAGAAGAAGCAGAACAAGCAUUUUACUGGUACAGAGGAGCUUCUGAUAAGGCGAAAAAUGAAUUGAAUAUACUUUUGCAAUGCCGUAAUCACCAACCCAAAGAAUCAAGCAAGACUUUUAAAGACAAGAUAAAUGGUAUUCUAGUACCGGAGUUUCUGAAACCUUUAGGAAUAAUAGCUAUCUACAUUAUUACCAAACAGUGGUCAGGUGUCAAUGCGAUAACAUUUUAUUCCAUUCAUAUCAUGCAAGAAACCAUAGGCAAAGGUGUAGAUGAAUAUUUAUCAACUCUAAUUAUUGAUCUUUUAAGGCUUUUUAUGUCUGUUGUAGCAUGUGUUUUACUUAAAAAAAUCAAAAGACGGCCACUGGCUAUAAUAAGCGGUGUCGGUACUUUCCUGCCGCUAUUAAUACUGAGUUUCUAUAUCUAUAUUGCAAAGAUUUAUCCUCCGUUCUGUUCAAGUUACAUUCCUCUAAGUUGUCUUAUUUGUUUCAUAAUUUUUGCCAGCAUCGGAUUAGUACCCCUUCCGAGUUCUAUGCUAGGGGAAGUAUUUCCUGUGAGACACAGAAGUAAAGGUAGCGGCAUUUCGUCUUUUAUAGCUUUUUCUAUGUUCUUCUCGGUUGUUAAGUGUGUACCUAGUAUGUUUGAGAGUUAUGGUCCCAGUGGGACGUUUUUAAUUUUUGGUUUAGUUGCUCUUCUCAGUACUUUAUUUGUUAUUGUAUUUCUUCCAGAAACAAAAGAUAGGUCUUUACACGAGAUAGAGGAAUCUUUUAAGAAUAAGAAAUAACACUUUAUCUAUGUUUUUAUAUCUUGAAUAAAUAGAAGAAAUAACUAAUCUCAACGUUCCGCUAUUAUUGCAGGUAUAUUUUUCAAAAGCAGCCGCGCUUUAUCUCUAGCACUGGGUUGUGAAAUAUAUGUAUAUCUUAUCCUUUCGUUAAACUUCCUUAAUAUGUCUUGCUCUUGUUAAAGCGAUCAACUUUCUUUUGCUGAAUUUAACUAUUUCUCCUGAUUAAAUACUUAUGUUUCAAGUGUUAUCCGUCUCACGUUACUAAUAUAUCACAUUCACAAAUGACUGUGUAUAGCAGUUUCUUUUUCUACUUUCCCGCAACACGGUGAAUUCAUCCUACUUAUAGAGGUGUUAAAAGUGUUCAGUUACUGUCUCUCUCACUGGCAUAAGCUCUCGUCUGCUACGAUUCAUUAAACUAGAUGAAAAACUACCGAUAAUGUGGCUAAUGACUUUUUGUUUAUAUGCUUGCCCUUGGAGUGCUCUGAAUUUUUUUAUAACUCUGUUCCAGCCACUUAUGAAUUUUGAUUUCUAUCAUCAUUUUUUGUGGUGUCGCAGAAUGGCUAUGGACUUUAAAGUAGGUACUUCUCUCGAUUAUUACUUUACUAAAGAAUCUACUAUGCCUUCUCUUGGAUUAUUUUAUACUUCUGCACCCAUGUGUGUGCAUGGAAUUACAUAUUUUUUUGGAUAGGUACUACCUUAGUCACCAUACUGAAUGACCUGCUAUGAAUGGUUUGACAUUGUCAAGUAAUUUUGUUAGACCUAUAUUUUAAUAAAUAUUUUUGGGAAUAUC